CAUGGCACACCAGCAGAUGCCGAGCUCUCAGAAGGCUCUGAUGCUGGAGCUGAAAUCCCUGCAGGAGGAGCCAGUGGAGGGUUUCCGCAUCACUCUGGUGGAGGAGUCGGACCUCUACAACUGGGAGGUGGCCAUCUUUGGCCCUCCAAACACACUUUAUGAAGGGGGCUACUUUAAGGCCCAUAUAAAAUUUCCUAUUGACUACCCCUACUCUCCACCGACCUUCCGAUUCCUCACAAAGAUGUGGCAUCCAAACAUCUAUGAGAAUGGCGACGUGUGUAUUUCCAUCCUCCAUCCUCCUGUGGAUGACCCUCAGAGCGGAGAGCUGCCCUCAGAGCGAUGGAACCCCACCCAGAAUGUCAGAACAAUCCUGCUGAGCGUGAUCUCACUGCUGAAUGAACCCAACACCUUUUCUCCUGCAAACGUGGAUGCAUCGGUAAUGUUUCGUAAGUGGAGGGACAGCAAAGGCAAGGACAAGGAAUACGCAGAGAUUAUAAGGAAGCAGGUGAUGUCCACUAAGGCAGAUGCAGAGCGAGAUGGAGUUAAAGUACCAACGACGCUAGCUGAGUACUGCAUCCAGACCAAAGUGCCUUCCCACGAUAGUAGCUCUGACCUGCUCUAUGACGAUCUAUAUGACGACGACAUAGAGGAGGAGGAGGAGGACGAAGACGAGGCGGAGGCCAGUGGGAUUGGCUGCGGAAUGGCCGGGGACUGUUUUGGCGAUGAAGACGACUCUGGCAACGAGGAAUCUUGACCUCCUUCCACCGUUUCCGUGACACUGACCUUUGCCCUCUCAUUAUUCUUUUCCCUGACAGCCUCAUGUUUCAUAUUCUCUUUUCCUGUGCUUAAAGCUUUCAUUUUUCACUCUGUUCCAAAAA